UUCAAAGCUGUGGGCACUUGGAGAGGACGCCGUUGGUCACUAAGCAGGUCAUUUGAACCAGAAUAUGUUGAAAUACGUGCCAUAAACUCUUGCUAUAUACAUGUUAGUCGCGUUACAGAGAAUUUGGUACUUGUCUCCAGCAACAAAAAUCAGCUAGCAAUUAUUCGUUGAUUGAUCCUCUGUUCCCCAAUUGAAGACAACAUGUCUGUUGCCAAGGAGGAGGCUUUAUCCCCAGAUGAGCUGAGGAAGAGGCUUUACCAAACCUUUAAGAAUCGAGGAGUGCUUGACACACUUAAAACGCAGCUUCGUAAUCAGUUGAUCCAUGAAUUGAAGCACCCCAUCUUGAGUGGAGAAACUGUUCCCAGGCCAGUCCCUAUGAAGUCAGACUCUGUCCUGGUCACCGCUUCUAACAGUCUGGUGGCAGAUCAUUUGAGGAACUCUGGGUAUGAGUACACCCUGUCUGUGUUCUACCCUGAAUGUGGCAUGGGCAAAGAUAAGAUUUUCACUUCAAGGGACCUUCUACAACUUAUGAAAAUCAGCCCACAGUCACCACUUUACAAAUCUCUGGCAUCAAGUACACAGAAAGAGAAUAAGGGUUUCCUGAUGAGUCUCUUGAUAGAAUUAACAGACCGUCAUCUGCAUGGAGAACGACGUGAUGCUGAUACUCAGACCACCAGUACGCCAGCUUAUAGAGAAUCUCUUGUUGACAAGAUGAAAAUGAUCGAUGAGGAGUAUGAAGCUCUCCGCUACAAAGGGGACAAGUGGGUGUCCUAUGAAUCUAAGCUUGCUGCAUAUCAAAAAGAAGUUGAAGCACAGGUUCAAGCCGAAAUGAAUGCAAAGCUGCAACAUUAUAAAGAUGUGGAAAUGUCCAAAGUGAAGAUGGAGGAAAAAGACAAAUCUCGCAAAGAGAUUUUGCAGCUGAGGCAGGACAUGGAGAGGACUUAUGAGAUGAAGUCGGGGGCAUUGAUCAAUAGGGAGAAGAAUGCCAUCGAUCGAUUACAGAAACAACAAGAGAUUGAGGAAAAAGACAUCUAUAUGCAAAGACAAGCUGUGUUGAAAGAGAUAGAAACCGUGCGGAAUCGAGAAGCUGAGCUGAGGUUAAGGAUGGAGGCUUUUGAAAAGACUUGCAAAAUACAGGAAGACAAGACCAAGACCAUGGAGGAGCUGCUGAGAAGAAGAGAGCUUGCAGUGAAGACGACGGAGGACACCUAUGACCAAAAGCUGAAGAAUGAGCUUUCAAGAUAUCAGCUUGAGUUAAAUGAAGAGUACACCAAAAGGACUGAAAAACUCACAGAGAAUGAAAAAAGAAACAAAGUGGAGACUAUUCGUGUGCAGAAGGAGUCGGCUGCAAUCGAUGCCAAGCUAGAGGAACACAGCAGAGCUUGUGCUGAGUUGAGACGAUUACAGAUGGAGCUGGACACGUCCCAGUCUCAGUACUCUCUGCUAACACAGCAGAAUGAGCUGCUGAGAGAGAGGCUGGAGACCAUGAAUGACUACCCCACUCUGAGGCGAGAGAGGGUGGAGCAGCAGGCCCAGCUCAGGCUGCUGAUGAAACAGCUGGAGGAAGCUCAGGAGGAGAACCAGCGCCUACGGGCAGAUCUGGGCAAGCCGUCGGUGGAGCAGCUGGCGCUGCAGACGGAGCUGAGGAGGCUGGAGAGUGCCAGGAGGCUGUCAGAGGAGGAGUUUGAUAGCCACAGACAGGUGCUGCAGGCCCAGCUCCACAAUGAGGUGGAGCGCUGUGCCCAGUUGAAGGCCCAGCUCAUAGAUUGUGAGGAGAGGACUCAGUGGAUGACCACCCAUGCAGAGGACAUCAAGAUGCAGCUCCGACAAACACAACUAGCUCUAGAGAACGAAGUCCUGCGUAACCCUAAGCCCUCCCUAGUGGACCGCUCAGUGCUGGAGCUCAAUCCUGAUAAACUAGUGCCCCCUGAUAUCUAUGUGGACAAAGGUGUCCUGAGAGCCUGGGUGGCUGGUUAUGAUGACGUGUGUGAAGCAGGUGUGAUGCCCUCUCAAGGGCGCAGGUCUCGCUGGAGUCGGAGCAGCUCCCCAGACUCUGACGCUGAGCUGGUGGCCGGGGCCAAGGCCAGGAUCAGAGAGCUGGAGAAGGAGGCGGAGACACUGGAGGAAGCUUACAGGAACUACCAGCAGAGGGCGGUGCACGCCGCCGUGUCUCACAUGCUGCCCCCGCGAUGCCUCUCACCCCAACAAGCACCGGUAUCACCCCGCCCUCACUCAACUCAGAGGCAACAUAUCUCUCACCAACGCCCUCGCUCGCCCCAAAGACAACAGUCCCCCCAACCUUGCCCCCACUCACCCCAGCAUCCACAAGUCUCCCACAGACCUCUCUCGCCUCAACAACAACCCCCUCCCCAGCGUACCAGAGCCCCCGCCUCUCCCCAACCCAGAGUGACCUUCGCUGAAGGCCCGUCCCAGGAUCAGUACCCUGUUCCAGGGAGCGGAAGGGAGUUCCAGUCUCUGGACUUCAGUGAGGCCCGGUUUUCAGGAGACAGACACCCCCUGGAAGGCACCUCCUCUCCCCACAGGCGCCUGUCUUCCACACCCCUCUCCCUCUCCAGGAGCCAGCUUCACACAGAGCCUGUGGAAGAGGCUGAGGUAUCGUCUGUGGCGUUUCCUGUGCUGUCUCCUGAGAGGCAGCUCUCCCCCCUCCCCCUGCCCCGCGGAGAGGUAGCGUGCUCAGGGGACUUUACCUCAGAUCUCUCCCCACCUCGCAGCCCUCAGCUCAGGAGCACUGCACGAGGCCAAUGCAGUCCACCACAGGUACAGCAAAUCAUCUUCUCCAGUUCCGAGUCAGAGUCUUCCCCUCAGCCUGAGAAGAUAACCAUUGAAGAUCUCACGGAGCCUUUGCCAGAGCCCAGCCACAUUCCAGAGCUGCUCCUGGACACGGCGGGCAAUGAGGAGGAGGCCCUUGACGGGCCCCUGUCUGUCCCCCUGUCUCGGGCCCCUUGGGACCUCACUGAGGUUCAGCUGCAGGGGGAAGUUCAACAAACGCUGGAUGAACCUGCCAGACAGGAGGAAGAAGAGGAGCUGAGGUGGGAGCGAGAGAGGAGAGAGAGAGAAGAAAAACGACAGCGGGAAAAGGAGGAAGCCCAGGAGAAGGAGCUGAGGGAACUGGAGAGAUUGGAGAAAGAAAGGUUAUUGGAAGAAGUGCAGCAGUAUGGAGAGGAGGUGGGGGGAGAUGAAGAGAAGGAGGAGAGAAGAGGGCAGGAAGAACUGAAGGAGGCAGAAGAGCCUGAGGAGAAAGCCCCGUCCUCGGACAAAGAUCCACUCCAGAAGUACCUGAAGAUGAUCAUGGAGCAAAGACGGAGUCCGCAUGUACAGAUCCCUGCUGGGAGAGAGGAGCCAGAACACAGGAGCCCCGAGGCCAAGAGCUUGUCUGAUGAGAAAGAUGAUAGCAUUGCGUUCUCACAUGAAGAUGCAGAUGAGUUCUGGUGAGGUGGCAAAGAGUGUGAGUGUGAAAGGUACAAUACUGCUGUACGUUUUACUUUGUUGUUUUUAGAUGUUUAAGUUGUAUAAAUGUCAGUCUUGGUUCAUUGACACGAAUAAACCUUCGAUUUAUAAAUCACACAGUGCCUCAAAGUGACUUAUCGACACUUGCUUACAACUUAUUUUUUUUUGUGUGUGUACCAUGACAUUAGGUUCUAUGCCCAUUUGACAUGGAAAAUAAAUGCAGUACAUAAUUGA